CCUUCAGUUUUGUAGGAAAUUAGAUAUAGUUUUGAAUAUGUGUCUCUCAAAGCAGAAUAACAUCGCCGAUUCAGUGGCACGAGUAACUGAUACUUUCAAGUCCGGGAAAACUUUACCGUUGGCUUAUAGAAAAAAGCAAAUAACGGCAGUUCGAGCGCUCUUUACCGAAAACGCGGAAGCCAUAUACGAUGCCGUAUAUAAAGAUCUGCACAAAUCGCGCACCGAGACGUUUCUGGCCGAGAUUCAGAUAAAUAUCAACGACUGCGACAAGCACCUAAACAGCAUUGACGAUUGGGCCGCACCCCGCUACCACAACACGGAUGUGAUCAAUCUGCCAGCAGUCACCGCUACCCAACCCGAGCCUAUGGGCGUAGCUCUGAUUGUGGCAUGUUGGAACUACCCCUUUGCCCUAUUAGCCGGCCCGCUGAUUGCUUGCAUCGCUGCGGGAUGUACGGCUGUAAUUAAGACGGCAUCAGAGGAACACGCCAACGCGUCCAUGGCGCUGUGGUGCGAACUGCUUCCCCAGUACUUGGAUAAUGAGGCGUAUGUGAUUGUUAGUGGAGGCGCGGAUGCGCUCGAAGGGCUACUGGAGCAGCGCUAUGAUGUCAUAUUCGCAACCGGGUCUCCUGGGCUAGGUCGCAUGGUGCAUAAAGCAGCAACUAAACAUCUGACCAAGACAGUCCUCGAAUUGGGUGGCAAAUCACCUGUGUACGUGCACAGGGAUUGCAACCUGACCAUCGGCGCCAGACGUAUCAUGUGGGGUGCAUGCGCCUUUAACAAUGGGCAGACCUGUGUGCGUCCUGAUCAUCUGUUCAUCGACAGUACUAUUGCGGACAGCUUCAUUGCCAACCUCAAGAAAGAAGCCAAAGCCAUGUUUGGCGAGGACGCUCAAAAGGGUAAUACAUACAAUCGUAUGGCUAAGUCCAAGGGACACUUUGAACGUGUGGCGAACAUACUCAAGACAGACGCGAAGUAUGUGGUGUAUGGGGGUAAUUCGGACGCUGCUGACUGGUAUAUUGCGCCCACUAUUCUGGAUUUUGGAACGGAUGCUGAAGCGUUCCACAAUUCGGCCGCUAUGCAGGGUGAGAUUUUCGGACCGAUCAUUCCGAUUCUGCGUGUAGACACACCCGAAGUUGCGUACAAGUCAAUCCUUUCUCGCGAGAAACCCUUAUCCUUGUAUGGAUUCACCAACAACAAGAAGAUACAAACCGAGAUGCUCAAAUUACCCGCGGGCACCACACAGUUCAAUGAUGUCGUUUCGCAUGUACUGAACCCUGACGCUCCGUUUGGGGGUGUGGGUAAUUCUGGUAUGGGAGCGUACCAUGGACAGGCCGGAUUUGAUAAUUUCAGUCACAUGAAGACAGUUAUGGUGAACUGGUCAGCGAAUGAUCUGGCUGCCCGAUAUCCACCAUAUUCCGCGAUGGACAAGAGACUUCUGCGGUUGGUCUUCAGAGAAUGGCCUGAUACCAUGAUAAACGUGCUGAAUAACCCAGCCAAAGUGUUUAUAGUUGGCGCAGCACUAGCAGCGGGUGCUGCCUACUAUAUGCACUUUAUGAAACGCUAAACCGUUAGUGCACACGAUAUGUAAAAAUAUAGAUAUACGUAUAUAUUGGUAUUGAUAUGUGUGUAUUGACAUACACUGUAUGGCACAGAGGCCGAUGUAUGAGGGAUGUCACCUUAGUCAGAAUCUUUUGCCCAUUAGGGCUCAACUGAGAAACGAUUAAAUCCUCGCAUAUGAUUUUUUAAAUUUGCGACUUGGAAGUAUACUGAACAAGUCAGCUUUAUAAAGCCCCUCAGAUGGGCCACUUGUUCGAAUAUGUGUGUGGUAAUACAGGAUAAUGUAAUAAAGAUCUAAAACAUUCAAUAC